AUGCCAUUCUUGGUCACUCUGGCGUUGCGCAAAGACACUCUGAAAAGAUUGACUCUGCUCCUGCCGCCAUCGUUCAAGCUACGCAAUCACCAUUCAAACAUCACUGCUCCGUUCGAUCUGCAUCGACUCACAAACCUCGUCACCCUCUCUAUCGACUACGCAAUCAUAUUCUCAGAACGCGAGUCGCGACCGGGAGAAGAUGACCGGUACAAUCCCAAAUUCCCUAAGAACCUCCCCAGAUCCAUCGAGCAGCUGCACAUACAAUGCUGCCGACUCGACCAAGGCAUGGCAGGGUAUGCUUUGCUUCUGCUCGAAGCAAGACGUAGGUACAACAAGCUCAAGACCUUACAAGUCACCUACGAGACAUUCGAGGCGAAAAACGCUGCAGAGAAGAAGCAAAUGAUCUCGUUAUCAUCCACAGUGAGAUUGUUCAAAGACUACGGCUUGGAGCUGAGAAUCGAGUCUGAGGAAGGCCAAUUCAUAGUGCCGGCCGUGUUUGAAGACUCGGACGCUGCCAAGAAGUAUCGAAAAUUUGUACUUGACGCGCCGGAUUCCGACUCUGACGAUUGGGACGAUGUCGACAGUGAUGAUGAUCUUGAUAUCGCUGAUGAUGCGGAUGAAGAAGAGGAUGAAGAUAACGACAACGACAAUGACGUAGAUGAUGUCGAGGAUGAAAUGGAUGAAGGGACGCAUACAGGAGAACAAGGCAGAUAUAACCUGAGGCCAAGAUAA